AUGCUAAAGAGACCCCGUUGGAGAUGCCCUGAUGAUGUGAAGAGAAAGCCUGAAUCACAAGCAAGCUACAAGAGAUAUGACGGUUUGGGCUUCCCACUCGGUUUGGGCUUGGACCAAGAGAUAGAUCAUAUCCCUCUUGAUCUAACAGUGGAGAUUCUCACCAGGUUGCCAGCCAAGUCUCUUAUGAAGUUCAAAUCCGUUUCUAAGUCGUGGUCGUCCAUUAUUCGUAGCCAAGGGUUCAUCGAUUCCUUCUACUCAAUCUCCUCGACACGACCACGGUUUAUAGUCGCUUUCACCAACGGCAUAUUCGCCAAGCGUGAGGAGAAGCGCUUGUUCUUCUUCUCGUCUUCACACGAGGGACAUGAAUCUUCUUCUUUAAUAACCAAUCACCGUAUGACAAUACCAUGUUUAAGCGUUUGUAGCAACCCUGCGUCAAGGUGUGUUUCCGUCCGUGGCUUCAUAGGCUGUUCACUUGUAGGUGGGUUCAUGGUAUGUAACCCUAGCACCAGACAAGUCAUUGUCUUACCAAGCUUACCCUCACGCCGCGCUCCUGAUAUGAGAGGCAGAUGUUUAGGGUAUGAUCCGGUGGAUGAUCAGUUCAAAGCUUUGUCACUCAUUUCUUCGCGCAUACCUAAUAAUGAUGGUGUAGAGCACUUGGUGCUAACUCUAAAAGGUGAUAAAAAAUUAUAUUCAUGGAGGCAAAUCAGAGGUAACAACAAUGUUCCACCUUAUUCCCCUCUAACUAUGAAAGUAUGCAUCAACGGGGUUGUGUAUUAUGGUGGUUGGACUCCAAAAGUAAAUAUGAAUCCAGUGAUCGUUUGUUUUGAUGUUAGAUCAGAGAAGAUAAAUUUUAUCAAAGCACCUAGGGAUGUCGUAGGAUGGUGGAAUGAUUCGAUUUUGAUGGAAUACAAAGGGAAGUUAGCUUCCAUUGUAAGAUACCCUUUGGCACGUUUCCAUAGUUUUGAUUUGUGGGUGUUAGAAGACAUGGAGAAACACGAAUGGUCAAAGCAAACAUGUGAGAUUCCAUUUUCUCUGUGGGAUUAUGUUGGGGGUUUUCAGUUGUCUUUUCCAGGCACUAACGAGGUUGGGGAGAUCAUUCUAGCCCCAAAAAUCUUGUCACGCUACCAUCUUCAACCCUUCUACAUUUUCUACUACCAUGUAGAAACAAGCAACAUUAGAAGAGUUAGGCUUGAAGGAAUUGCUGAUGAUGAAAGUUUUAGGCACUGUUAUGGAAUUGGAAAGAUUGUUGGUGUAUGUAACGUCUAUAUAUCACCAGAACAUGUUGAAAAUAUUAGGUCUUUGUAA